AUUCGACAAACCCGAAAGUGGAAAACUCAAUAUUCAUCCACCUCGUUCCGUCUCUCCCGUCUUUCUUUAAAAACUAAGAACUACAACCUCACUAGUAGGCAAGAGCGAUAAAUCAACAUAAUUCAAAAAGGAUUUCAAUUUUGCAGUUAAAGAAAAUUCAAUGGCUCAGAUUCCAAAUUUAGACAACUCUCCCCUUAAUCUCAAAUCCCUCAGGGAACAAUCCCAAAGAGAGCUCGUAAACAUCCUAAAGAAUAUUCGGGGAAAGAAGUGCUUGGUUAUUGACCCAAAGCUUAGUGGCUCCCUUUCGUUGAUUAUCCAGACAUCAUUACUUAAAGAACAUGGUGCGGAACUGCGCCAUCUUUCAGCAGAGCCAAUUCAAACUGAUUGUACCAAAGUGGUCUACCUUGUUCGUUCCAGGUUUAAUUUGAUGAGAUUCAUAUGCUUACAAGUUCAUCAUGAUACAUCUAAAGGACUUCAGAGGGAGUAUUAUAUUUAUUUUGUACCUCGCCGUGAGGUUGUUUGCGAGAAGGUCCUUGAGGAGGAAAAAGUUCAUCAGUUGGUGACAAUAGGUGAAUAUCCAUUGUACAUGGUUCCUUUGGAUGAGGAUAUAUUAUCAUUUGAACUUGAUUUCACGAACAAGGAAUGCCAAGUUGAUGGUGGUACAAGCUCUCUUUGGCAUAUUGCUAAGGCCAUUCACAAGCUUGAGUCUUCUUUUGGAGUCAUACCACAUUUGAGGGCCAAAGGCAAGGCAUCAGUUCGUGUUGCUGACAUUCUGAGUCGCUUGCAAACAGAAGAACCAGUCAACUCUUCUGAUAUGGGUGUUCCAGAGAUAAAUACACUCAUUCUUUUGGAUAGGGAGGUGGACAUGGUUACUCCCAUGUGUUCUCAAUUAACAUAUGAAGGACUUCUGGAUGAGUUUUUGCAUAUUAACAAUGGUUCAGUGGAGCUCGAUGCAUCUAUAAUGGGUGCUCAACAACAAGAGGGGAAAAAGAUGAAAGUUCCAUUGAAUUCAAGUGACAAGCUAUUCAAGGAGAUUCGGGAUCUAAACUUCGAAGUUGUUGUCCAGGUCCUACGACAAAAAGCAACUUCUAUGAAACAGGACUACACAGAGAUCUCAACUACUAACCAGACAGUUUCUGAGUUGAAGGAUUUUGUCAAAAAGCUCAACUCAUUGCCGGAAAUGACUAGGCAUAUAAAUCUUGCUCAGCAUUUGUCGAAAUACACAUCGAAGCCGUCGUUUCUUGCACGGCUUGACAUGGAGCAUACUAUUAUUGAGGCUCAGAGCUAUGACAUUUGCUUUGAGCACAUUGAAGAAUUGAUCCAUAAGCAGGAACCUCUUGUCAGUGUUCUAAGGCUUCUUAUCUUGCUUUCUGUUACAAACUCAGGCUUACCCAAAAAGCAUUUUGACUAUUUGAGGAAGGAGAUACUCCACAGCUAUGGAUUUGAGCACAUGGUGACUUUGAAUAAUUUAGAAAAAGCUGGAUUGGUUAAAAAGCAGGACUCAAAAAGCAACUGGUUGACAGUCAAGCGUGCACUGCAACUUGUGAUCGAAGAUACUGACACUGCCAACCCAAAUGACAUUUCAUAUGUCUUUUCUGGAUAUGCACCACUAAGUAUUCGUCUUAUUCAGCAUGCUGUUCGAUCUGGAUGGCGUCCCAUGGAAGAAAUUUUGAAGCUUUUGCCUGGACCACACUCGGAAACUAAGAGGGGUGGAUUCUCAAGUAGUCCAUCCUUCGACACAUUGCACCGAGCUUCAGAAGCUACAAACCGAUUAGUUGAUGGAAGGCGCUCCUUAAUACUCGUUGUAUUCAUUGGAGGGGUUACAUUUGCAGAAAUUUCUGCUCUCCGAUAUCUUAGUGCUCAGGAAGGAAUGGCAUAUGAUUUGAUAAUAGGAACGACAAAUAUCACAAAUGGAAAUACCUUGUCUGAGACAUACAUAGAGCGUGUGGAUUGAUACAAGGUAUUUUGUGUCAUGAAACAAUUUUGUGCUAUAAAUGUAUCUGAUUUUUACUAUAUUUCUUGUAAACCUUUUUUUUUAACUGUUGUUGACAUUAUUUGGUUUGAACUGGAGGAAUUUUACUGGUUUAUGUGAGUGAAAAUUUCAAUGCGCAGCCAUUUUUUCGGAGAUAA